AUGAAAUCACUAUCCUGGGAAGAAAGGGGCAUACGUGUUGAUGGAAGAUUUCUUUCGAACCUUCGUUUCGCGGACGACAUCGUUCUCUUUCCGACCAAUGAAGCAGAAACAAUGCUCAACGAAUUGAACGAAGCAGGGAAGAGAAUAGGACUACGAAUAAACAGAAAGAAGACACAGUUCAUGAAGAACGCCUACUGCGAGGACGGAGGAGUACAACUUGAAGGCUCCCAAAUCGUGGAAACUCCGUCAUACGUAUACCUCGGACGUUCUAUGAACAUGGAAAACACUGAAGGAAGAACUGAAUAG